AAAGAAAACAGAAAAUGCCAAUUUUGGGGGCGAGACCAAUACGUUUAGCACAAAUGAUUCCAUAAGUUCGAUGCCACUUCACUUUAAACUUAAAGUUAACAUGGACAACAGUGGAAAACAGCCUGUGAUUAACUGCACUUUGUCUGAAUGCCUUGAGAAUGACUUCGCAAUACAGGAAGAUAAGACGAAUACCUCGAAGCAGCCAGUAAAUGGGUCAAAACCAGAACCUAUUGUACCGCAGCAGAAACCUGGCGGCGAGAACAAUUAUAAACUUGACGAUUUUCGGGUAAUGUUUAAAACUGGUCAGCCAGAGUCAAUGACUCAGAAACAAGAGGUGAAGGAAUCGCCCGCCCUUCCAAGGAAUUUAACAAAAAUCAUAUUACCGCCUCAUCUGCAGAAUGUAACGAACCUCACCCAGCAGAAAGAUUCUUACCAAACUCCUAUUCAGCAGUUAAAAGUUUCUGCCAAACAGCAAAAUGGAGGCGUGCUUUCUUUACACCAUAACGAUACGAUAUCAUUAGAAACAGGUAAAAACAGAGAGCGAGGUGAAGUAAAAACAGACGACAAAACAAAGACCAUGAAGAGUGGCGAAAUCGACAAACCUGACGGAAUAACAGGUGUAGAUCAACAAGCAUCUACUACGUACGAGAAAAACUUCUCAAAUUCAAAAGGUUCUUUGGGUGGAAAGUACGAAACUGCAGUGACUACGGACCCAAAUCAAGAACCUGACAGCGAAAAGGUCUCUGAUAAAUUCAAAGAGCAAAAAGAGAGCUCUCCGAACAACAAUUUUCAAACCAAUUUAAAAUCGGACAGUGUAACGAAGCAGCUGGAAAAUGCCAAUAUUAAAAAUCCCUUUCUUGAGCAGCAACCGCUAGGUAAUCACGAUUUUGUUCAAAUUCAGAGCCAUCCACAACUAAAGAUAAUUUUGAAAAAUCCUGGGAGAAUUUUGAAUCCUCUUAACAGACGAUCAGAUGCCAAAGGUCAUCACAUUGUUAAGAUUUUAAAAAGCUUGAUCGAUAGGCCGCUUGAGUUAGGUUCUAAGCGCAAAGAGGUCGUUUCUAUGUUAUCUAGUAUCGCCAACAAAACAGUUACAGGAACGGCACGAGAGAAUAUACCUGAAGAUGAUUCCAGGGCAGUAGAAGAUAGUGGAAAUAUCGCCCAGAGUAUGUUAGAAGCAAACAAGGAAUACCUUGACGCUAUUGCUAUGCAGGGAAUGGUGUUCAGUGACGGGGAUCCUGAAACCGAGAAUAUGACAAGCAUGGAUGGCUCUAUUAAUCACAGUCAUGGUUAUCGACAGCAAGAAUAUGAAGCUUCUCGGUGGAAAAGUCCGCAUACAGAAGGACAAGAUUCUUCAACAGUGACCCAUGAACAUAGCCUCGACGUCACUACUCACCAAGAUGAUUCGGUCCACGGUGAGUAUUUGAUAACUCGACUUCAAGAGGACGGAGGCAGUGGUGAAAGCGUGAGCGGGAUGGGAAGUAGUAAAGAUAUUGGAUCGGGUAAACCUGGACGCGUUAGUGGAUCCAAAGUUCUGCAUAACAGUCCUGACAGGAUGUCUGCCACAGAUGGACCGAACGGAGCAUCAGAAAUGAACGCUUACAGAGGAGGGAUGCGUAAACCAAAAGUUGAUUCGAGAUUGAAAUCCUUUUGCAUCGGAAAGUCAAGCGGAAUUUACACAAAUCCUUUCGAACAAAAGAGCUUUAUUGUCUGCUCUAAUGGAGUGUCAGAGGAGAGAGAGUGUCCUGGGCCUUUGUUGUUUAAUCCAAAAGAAAAGAUGUGUGAUAUACCAGAUCAGAGUAAAACCCGUGGGAACAAAGAAAAGGAAAGAAACUACUAGCUAAGAAGUGAUUGCGAUGUGUUCGUCGAUAAAUCCUUUUUCAGUACUAGUGGCCACUAUUUAUCUCAUGGAAAAUUUGCCUUAAAUAGAACACUUUAAAAAUUUUAGUUUAGUGUACACUGUAACUCGCAUUGACGAACAAUAUCUUCAGACGUUUACAUGAAUGAUGUAAUGUGUGCUGGCAUGGCUUCCACCAACCAGACA